UAAUGGCUUUUGCUGUUUGACAUCUGUUUCCCAGGAGACUCUGGGAAAUGCAGGGGCAGAGUCCCCAACAGCAGCUGAGGGCUGUGAAGCUAGGUACCUGCUUAGAGUUUUUAUCCCGGGGCAAGCUGUGUGCUCAGACUUGACCAUGUUUGGGCAUGGAGGCUCCACUCAGAUGGGACUGAGACUGCUUCCCUGGAGACCAGCUGGGAGAGCAAACUUCCUGCUAGAGCUCCCAGGCCUGACUUGGGGUGGGGGUGGGGGGCGAGUGGAGAGAAACCAUCUGCCAGCCAGCGGAGACCCAGACAACUAAAUGACUGUUGCCUCCAGUGGCCAUGGGGAAGAAGCUGGUGAUGGCCCAGAAGCGUGGAGAGACACGAGCCCUCUGCCUGGGAGUGGCAAUGGUAGUGUGUGCCGCCAUCACCUACUAUGUCCUGGGUACAACUGUGCUGCCCCUCUACCAGAAAAGUGUGUGGACCCAGGAAUCCAUAUGUCACUUGAUUGAAACUAAUAUCAAGGACCAGGAAGAGCUGGAGGGCAAGAAGGUGCCCCAGUACCCAUGUCUUUGGGUCAAUGUAUCAGCUGUGGGCAGAUGGGCCAUGCUGUAUCACACGGAAGACACUCGGGAUCAAAACCAACAGUGCUCCUAUAUCCCCAGGAACCUGGACAACUACCAGACAGCCUUGGCAGAUGUGAAGAAGGUCAGAGCCAAUUUCUAUAAGCACCAUGAAUUCUAUUGCCUUUCUGCACCUCAAGUCAACGAAACCAGCGUCGUGUACCAGCGUCUCUACGGGCCCCAAGUUCUCCUCUUCUCCUUCUUCUGGCCCACCUUCCUGCUGACUGGGGGUCUUCUUCUUAUUGCCAUGGUGAAGCUCAACAGGUCCCUAUCCAUCUUGGCGGCUCAGAAGUAGGCCGGUCCCCUCUGCACCACAGCAGAGAGUCACCAAGGAACUGCAGAGUCCCUAGCAGGCUACCCAUUACUCUCUUCCCUUGUCUCCUAUUUCAUUUGUUCAACAUCUUUGGAAAGAUGUUUCUUGCUCAAGGAUGUGUAUCUGAUUCCCAGUGUCUUUGGAGGACAAAGAAGCUCCCAGUUACAGCUUCCCAUCCCUGACUUCAGUUGGUUCAUAUCUGUUACCUGCAAUGAUGCUGUCUGCUACCAAGAUGAUGAAUAUUGUCACCUCUAUCCCCAUGUGCUCUCUCUUAGCUCCUCAGAUACCCACCCAUCACAUUCAGGAUGUUGUCCUUGGCCAAAUUCAGCUUCUUUGAAUUGUCAUAAAAACAAUAAUUCCCAUUGACAGGGCAA